CCAUCUUCACCCAUUGCCACCAUCACUCCCUCACGUCUUCUUCCUUUCCCUCCGCAACCCACCACAAUGACACGCCAAUUACUCCAACGCGCCUUUCCCCGUCUUGCGCUGCCCACGAGGGCAAUCAGCAUACGCACAUACGCCUCCUCGUUCCGCCCCGGCCCCGCGCCCCCCAAGCUGCCCGCCGAACAGCAAGCCGAGUUUGAGCGUCUCCAGCGUCAGGCAGCCGUCUCGUCAGCCUUCAACCCGCCCACGAGCGCCGACGCCGCAUCUCCAGAGUCCAAGACGUCAGAGACUGCCGCUGCCGCCAAGGGUGGCGAGGAGGAGGAAGAGGCCCUCAACCAGGGUCUCUUUCGCGGCGCGAAACCAGAGUUCAGGGGCGACGUGAAUCCCAAGACGGGCGAGGUCGGCGGACCCAAGAACGACCCGCUGCGAUGGGGCAGCUCCGGGGAAUGGACCUACAACGGUCGCGCGACGGACUUUUGAGAGAAGGAUAGGUCCUCUUCGGAUCAACGACGAGCGAGGCAGAUGAUCGAUAGGUCGGCGAUUCGUGCCACCCUGAACUUUGCGCCACGCGUACAAAUGGUACUCUACAUUCGACAUAGAGAGCCUACCAGCCGUCAAUAUGCCACGGUCAUUAUCCGCACCAGGCCGACGUUGUAGCCACGGUGGAACAGCCUCACGGCAUAAAUACCCGCAAACAUUGCAACAUGGUCCAAGACGACCAAGAUACGCUGGGUCUAGAUGGCGUGGCGUGGAGGAAUCGCAACACUUGGCACCAUGUAAACCAUGUAUGAUUACGUGUAAUAAUUCAUAUCGACGGGAUAUAUCGCAU